AUGUCGUCCCGUCGUAACGGAUCCGUGUCGAGAGCGGCGGAAGCGGCUUCGAAGAAUCGCCUCCACAUGGACAGGAACCCGCAACAUUCGAGGAUAACUGAUCCAUCUAAUCCGGCUGGCCGAAGGAAGGAAAUAGAUAAUGUGAUGAAGAGAGCCCGCCAAGCUUCACCGGGCAGCUGGGACCGGAAGUUGCUCGAGGUUGAAGAGAAAGACCCAAAUAGAUGGCGUCACACUGGGUAUAAACAGAUGUACUUAGAUGGCUCCGGGUCGGUCUCACCGAGGAGAUCUCGCUCUCCGCGUCGAUCUAGGUCCCCGGUGGGCCCCGCGCGCCGAUCCCGGUCCCCGGCGCGCCGAUCCCGGUCCCCCGCCAGGCGAUCCCGGUCCCCCGCCCGCCGCUCUCGCUCCCCGGUACGGCGCUCCCGCAGCGCCCGGCGGAGCCCGAGACGGAGCCCCCGCCGGAGCCCUAUCAGACGGAGCCCUAAUCGUAGUCGCCGACGAUCUCGGCCUCCACCGCGCCCCCCCAGUCCGCCCGACCCAAGGAAGUCAUCUCCAUCUGAUUCAUCGGCUAGUAGCUGUUCUGAUGAAUCUUGUUCAGUCUGCUCGGCGAAGAACAAGAAAACCCCCUCGAAACCUGCUAAACCUGGGGCUCGCUCUUCGCCCUCCCCAUCGAGAGUUAAGAGACCUCCUCCAGUGGCCCGGGCCGUCCAACCCACCAGGGAGCUGCUGAAGGCCAGGGAGAGCAGCAAACGGACCAGGGAAGAAAAGGUAUUGGAGUGGCAGAGGUCUCAGCUAGCCGUGAGACCGACAGCGCCCAUCCCGCCCGCCCACAUCAAGAGAGAGGGGGAGCGCCGCCCCCGCCCUCCCCGCCCUGAACGUCCGGAGCGCCCUGACAAAGGAGAGAGAGUCUCUCCGGCUGCAAUUGCUGCCGCGUUAGCUGAUAGUGACAGUGACUCUGAGACCGAUGCGAGUUCGGAGCCUCCGCCACAGAGGCUGACGCUGUCGGAGCGGUUCGGCAAGAUGGCGCAGUGGUCGGCGGCGCGGUGCGCGCGGCUCGAGAACAUGCGCAUCACGCGCCGCGACAGCGCGCUGCACGUGCACAUCGAGCGCGACGAGCGCGCCGACGCGCCGCCCGACGCGCCUCAUCCAGCGCCAGUUGGCAGCUACCCAGAAGAGUUGCUAGCUGUCGCACCGGGCGGGUUGCCAUCGUGGGACGACGUCAGAGUUAGAUACGAUUACUAUAAGAAGAGAGGGUAUUUGAGAGGUCUGACCCUCGGAGAUUAUGUAAAAUGGGAAGAAUGGUGGUAUAAGUACCAGGAGUGGUUGAAAAGAGAGCGCGCCUACGAGAGGUGGGCCGAGGGGGAGGGAGGCACGACUCGCCGCGAGAGGCGCCGUCGCGGCGGGAGGCACCGGCGCAGCUGA